AUACUUUGGCAUUCAGGAAUCCACUUGUAAGGAAGAAAUGGUUGCAAUGGAAGGGAGGCUUCUUCUUUAUCCCCUCCAGAUGAUAGUUGUUAUAGUUGUUAUGUCAUUCUCCCCUCCCCUCCUUGUUCAUUCUCAAUGCAAUAAAAAUCCAGUCAUCUUCAACUUUGGUGACUCUAAUUCUGAUUCUGGUGGUUUUGCUGCGGGGCUUGGACACGAUUUUGGACCUCCCAAUGGACGUACCUUCUUCCAUCACCCAUCAGGUCGAGUAUGCGAUGGACGAUUAAUAAUCGAUUUCCUUUGCGAAAGUUUGGAAACAGGUUAUCUGACCCCGUACCUAGAAUCUCUGGGGCCAGAUUUCACAAAUGGAGCUAACUUUGCUAUAAGUGGUUCAGCUGUUCUAUCUGGAUUGAUUCCUUUUAGCUUGAAUGUUCAAGUUCUUCAGUUUCUUCGAUUUCGAGCUCGAUCCCCAGAGCUAAUAUCAAAAGGUUACAAAGGUCUGGUUAACGAGGAGGAAUUGAAGCAUGCAGUUUACAUGAUUGAUAUGGGACAAAAUGAUAUAGCUGGUUCAUUCUUUUUUUUCUCAUAUGCACAAGUUAUCCAAAGAAUUCCCUCCUUCAUCAACGAAAUAAAAAAUGCUAUGUGGAGUAUAUACCAACAUGGGGGGAAGAAUUUCUGGGUGCACAACACGGGGCCGCUGGGCUGUUUUCCCCAGCAGGUUGCAACCAGAGGCACAAACGCUACUGAUUGUGAUCACUAUGGAUGCCUUGAGUCCCUAAACAAUGCUGCAAAAGCUUUUAACAAACAACUGCAAGCUCUUUGUGAAGACCUCAGAUCUGAAAUGAAGAAUGCCACGAUUGUGUAUGUUGAUAUUUAUGCCAUCAAAUACCAUCUCAUUGCCAAUUCUGCUGAUUAUGGCUUUGAGAAUCCGUUAAUGGCAUGUUGUGGCUAUGGAGGACCACCUUACAAUUAUAAUCCCAAUGUUACGUGCGGCCAAACAGGUUCCAAUGUCUGCAUUGAAGAAUUAAAGUACGUAAGCUGGGAUGGAGUUCACUACACAGAAGCUGCCAAUGCAAUCUUUGCAUCCAAAAUACUCUCUACUGAAUACUCUACUCCUCCAAUUCGUUUUAGCUACUUUUGUAAUGCCUACAGCAUCUUGGACCAUCUGUAUUCUCAGCUUCCUAAAAUGGAUAGAAGUAAAUGGUAUGAUCACCAAGUUGGAGAGAUGGGUUACAUGGGAUUUUCCCAACAUCUCAUUUUGCUGGUAUGGCUAUGCAUCUUCCUUGGUAUGUUCACAAGCUCAAAUUGCAGCCACAUCAGGCCCAUUUUAAUCAACUUUGGUGAUUCAAAUUCUGACACUGGAGGGGUGCUAGCGGGCACUGGACUUCCAAUUGGCCUUCCCCACGGCAUUACGUUCUUCCACAGAGGCACCGGCUGGCUAGGCGAUGGGCGGCUUGUGAUUGAAUUCUUCUGUGAACACUUGAACCUGAGUUAUUUGAGCCCAUAUUUAGACUCAUUGGCACCAAAUUUCACGAGUGGAGUAAACUUCGCAGUAGCUGGAGCAACCUUGCUCCCACAAUUUGUGCCUUUUGCACUAGAUGUUCAAGUUCGCCAGUUCAUUCGCUUCAAAAACCGCUCACUUGAACUUCUAUCACUGGGUUCGAGAAAUUCAUUUGGUGAAGAUGGUUUCCGUAGUGCAGUUUAUAUGAUUGACAUUGGACAGAAUGAUCUUUUGCUAGCCUUGUAUGCAUCAAACUUAACAUAUGCACCGGUUCUCGAAAAGAUCCCUUCAUUUCUUGCAGAAAUCAAACUAGCCCUUCAAAGUAUAUAUCUAUAUGGUGGCAGAAAAUUUUGGAUACACAACACUGGACCAUUGGGUUGUGCUCCAAAAGAACUCGCAUUACAUCCCCAUAACAGUGCUGAUCUCGAUCGAAUUGGAUGCCUUCGUGUCCAUAAUGAUGCUGCAAAAGCUUUUAACGAAGGACUUCAAAAAGUCUGUAAAGAAAUGAGAUCGGUAUUCAAGGAUGCAACCAUUGUCUACGUAGACAUAUACAAGAUCAAGUACAAUCUCUUUGCCAAGUAUAAAAAAUAUGGUUUCGAGGAUCCAUUCAUGGCUUGUUGUGGUUAUGGUGGUCCUCCAAAUAAUUACAAUGUCAAAGCAACAUGCGGCCAGCCUGGUUACAUGAUCUGCAGAAAUAUAUCAGGAUCCAUAGUCUGGGAUGGAGUUCACUACACAGAAGCUGCCAAUCGUGUUGUUGCAACAAGUAUUUUAUCUAUGCGUUAUACCACACCUCGAGCACAGCUUGACCAAUUUUGGCCGCCCAACUAAGUUGAUGUGUGAGGUAGCAAAAGACUUGGGUAACAACAAUUAGAAACGUCUACGUCUUUUGACCUAGAAGAUAAACAAGUCGUAAGGCUUAGAAGAGUAAUAAACUCCGCAGAGUGUUUGAGAAAUUUUCAGAUUCGAUACUAAUUUAAUGGUUUCUAUAUA